CAGGCCUCGCCGAAUUAGGAAGCUUUGUGAUUGCGCCAUCGCCCACCGGCCGGGAGCCUUCGUCGCACUCACGAACCGAACGCAGCAAACGGUUGGAGCAAACGUCUGACGAUCUUCUUCCUUUCUCACCCCAUCAAAUGACUUGCCCCUCGGUCUCGCUUUCUAAGCUAGAAAAUACACUGCUCUUCUAUAAUACGUACCUGAAUCUGGGGACAGAGGAACCACGGCUGUUUCGGGCACAAAACCACUCAUAUAUAUCUUGCCGACUCCUUUUGUUAUCAGAUCUUGCCUAAAUCAUGGUCGACGAAGCCCUCAAGCGCCCUUCAUCUCCCAGCUCUGAAAACUUCCAAACGUCUAAAUCAAGAAAGGUCAACGGCUCGCACAACGACAACAUCACUAUGCCUUCAGCGGUCCCAAACGGAGCGGCCGAGGCCAACAUCGUUGGCGGAAACCCCAUCGCCCGCCCCCGUUUGAGCAAGCCGCUUGUAUACUCCGGCUCGCUGGACAACUACAAGAGCAUGGACAUCACCCCUGUCAUUGGUCGGGAGUACGAGGGCCUUCAGGUGGUUGACCUUCUCAAGGCCGACGAUCAGGUCAUCAGAGACUUGGCUGUCACAAUUUCUCAGCGCGGAGUUGUCUUCCUGCGCGACCAGAAUGUUACGCCAACUCAGAUGAAGGACUUCUGCCUCCGUCUCACAGAGCUUGCCGGAUGUCCCGAAUCGUCAGGUCUUCACAUUCAUCCCCUGACUGAGGAGGGUAGCGAGCUCGGUGACCAGAUUAGCGUCAUCAGCAGCGAAAAGCAAAAAAAAGGAGGCGGCCUCACCCACCAGUUGAGCGACGUGAGCCGUUUCGCUAGUGCCGGCUGGCACACCGACAUCUCUUUUGAGCAGGUCCCCUCAGACUAUGCAAUGCUCAAGAUCCACACCCUGCCCCCGACCGGUGGUGACACUUUGUGGGCUUCCGGAUAUGAGAUCUAUGACAGACUCUCCCCUGCCAUGCAGAAAUUCCUUGAAGGGUUGACAGCCACCCACGACGCCACAUUCUUCCACGACGAGGCCCGAAGGCUGGGCAACCCUCUUCGAGAUGGUCUCCGAGGCUCGCCACUGAACAAGGGCUCUGAGCUCAAGGCCGUCCAUCCUGUUAUCCGCACCAACCCUGUGACUGGCUGGAAGUCCGUCUACGUGAACAAGGGCUUCACGAAGCGCAUCAACGGCGUCACAAAGGACGAGUCCGACGUCCUCUUGAACUACCUCUUCAACCUCGUCACUCAGAACCAUGACGCCCAGGUCCGCUUCAAGUGGCGCCAGAACGACCUCGCCAUCUGGGACAACCGGAGCAUGUGGCACUGCGCGACCUACGACUAUGUCGACGCCAGAGCAGGUGAUCGCGUGGCGUCCCUGGGCGAGGCGCCGUAUCUUGAUUUGAACAGCACGGGCAGAAGGGAGGCCUUGGGAUUGUAACGUUUAAACAAUGAAAUAAAAAAAAUCCUACGGCUGGCGCUCAUUUUUGAUAUUGGCCAUGAUAACUGUACACUGUUAGACAACAUGCUGCGACAUAACGUGAGCAGAUCUGGACAAAGGGUUAACC